AUGUCUUCGGAUCAAGUCGACCACGAUAAGCAAUCUCCUGUUGAAGUGAUCGAUUGGAAAGGAUUAGUUCAAUAUACCCAAUUUUUAUGUCGGGGUUCGAAUAAUAAAAUGAAAAUAUGUUUAAUUGAUGAAGAACAAGAAGAACUUUGUAUUACAACUCAAGAUGAAUUCGAUUUAAAUGUUAAAUAUGCUCAAGAGCACGGCAUUAAAUCGUUAACACUUGUUAUCUAUAUUGAUGAUAAACAUGUAUUCAAUGGAAUAUAUCAUAUUGAAAAAUCUAUUGAGAAAAAACAUUUUCCCGUUGAUAAAUUACUAAUACUUCAAGAUAAAGUUCUUGCUGAAAAAUGGUACAUACCAGUCAAACAAGACGAAGCAUUAGGUGUUUGCCUCAUAGCAGCCAUCAAGAUAGCUCAAGAAGGUAAACCAGAAGAUAAUCCUGAUUGCAAAAAAUUCAUUGAAGAUAUUGUACCAGAAGCAUUUUAUAAAUUACAAACUACUAAAUCAGUAUUUUCAUGGCCACGUGAAAUUCAAUUUGGAAUUUUUGAAAUGACGGAAUUAUUCAUCGAUUUAAUGGGUAUUCGUCUUCGUUAUCCACCCGUACCAAUUAAAUUACUAAAUACACUUGCUUUAACAUUUGACACAACUACAGCAUUUUCUCAAAAACAUAAAAAUGAACCAUUACCAAAUCGCCGUGCAUAUACAUUAAAAGAUACCGAUUUUCUACGAGAGACUUCGAAUAAUGAAACAUUUGGUUGGCUUAGAUCAAUUCUUCAACGUUUUAUUGCACAAAAUGGUUUACAAAAUAUUCGUUUACAAUUCGAAUAUAUCGAUUCUUCGAAUUCAAAAACAGCUGCUAUGGAAUAUUGUGCACUACUUAAAAUAUUUUCAAAAUGUAAUCUAUGUAUAGAUGCUCAUCGUUUUCGUUUAAUUUUUGCUCGAUCCAUUCGUCAAACCGUUCAAUAUCUUCAAACACAAACAAUUUCUGAUGAAUUAAGAGAACUAUACGAGACAUUACUUGAAAUUUGCUAUAAAUAUGAAUUAAAAGAUGAAAUAACUAAAUUACGUACAUUACCGUACAAUUCAAAUGCAGAUGAAACAUUAUCAGAAUUUGUCGACAGUUGCUCAGAAACAACGCCACUUAUUGAGAUAACAGAAUCUACACCAAGAAAAUCUAAACAUAAAGAGUGUUAUGAAACUCUUGCUGAAAAUGUUCGAUUAAUGACGAUUAAUAAUAACGAUGCAGAACGAAAAAAUAUUAAAAAACAAAGAACAGAUGAACAAUUAUCAACACCAUCAUUUACUCGUAGCCAUGUCAUAGAUUGUAUUGAUGGAAUAUUAAGUUCAACAGAAAAACGUUCACUUAAGCGAAAACAUCAUCGUGAUCAACAUCGUUCAACACUAUCAUCAAUGAGUGCUGGUCAUGCAGUUAAAAAAGAACCAAAACGUUCAAAUACAAUAGCAAUUACAUCGAAUACAACUUAUGAUCGAUCGAAUUCUGAAGAUAUUCUUCGUUAUUUUACACCGAUGAGAUUGAAAAUUGCUACACUUUAUGAUAAUCUUCAACUAGCUAUAAGUAAUGGUAAUAUGCGUGAAGUAUUAAGAAUUGAAGAAAAAAUUAAAUUACUUCGUCCAUUUUCUGCACGAUUUAUUGCUGAUGAAAAUACACCUGAUGGUACAGCCAUGAAACCCGGACAAAUAUUUCGUAAAGGUUGGAUUCUUCUCAAUGAUGGUUCAAUGCCAUGGGACAGUACUGAUAUUCAGUUGAUUAAUUUAACCGAUGGCAUUCAAGUUCUUCAACAACCCGUUGUUCCAACAACAGCACCACAUGCACGAGCUGUCAUUACUGUCGAUUAUGUGUGUGCAAGUGAACCAGGUACAUAUGAAAGUAAAUGGAUUCUUGCAUAUCGUCAACAAACAUUUGGUCCUAUGAUUUGGUGUUCAAUUGAAGUUAGUCCAUGGUCAAUAAGUGAACAUGAUUUCGAAACAAUAACGCAUUCAAUCUCAUUGAAUGAAUUGGAUUAUGUUCACGUACCAUUACCAGCUUGUUUUGAUUUAUCGAAACCAUUUCAUAUUGACAUGAAAACGUCAACUCAUAGUUCAAGUCAUUCGAAUUCUUUUUCUCACAGCAAUGAUUCUGCAGAAUUACUAUCAACAUAUUUCAAUACCAUCGAUAUUGACGAUCUUCGCAGUUCAUUUUCUAGUGACACAGAAAACCUUUCGAAUCUAAUGAACUCACCAACAGUUGUAUCUGAAAAAGAUGAACAAUCUAUCGAAAAUCCAACACCCGUAAUCGAUUCAACACCGCCAACAGAAAACUCACCAUCACUUACACCGCCUAUUGUUUUAAAUAAUAAUGAAGAAAAUCAAUCGACACGAUCAAAUCAACCAUUUGAUUUCGUUGAUACGGUUGUUACAAAUGUGUUUAGCGCUGCUAAACAAGCAAGUUCAACAGCGAUUGCUAUUUUUCAUACAUUACAGGCCUAUGAAGAACCAGUAGCAUCAGUAUCUCCUCCUGUUCGAGAACAAGAAAAGCCAACGUUGUUCAAUUCGUUCAAUCCAAAUCAAGUAGAUAAUCAUGGUCUGUCGGUACUUAGUAAUGGAACUUCAACGAGUAUUAACUCAAGUUCGUCAUCUGAUCCAAUGAAAAAAUUAAUUGAGAUGGGCUUUGCUAAUCGGGCUAAAAAUCAACGUCUACUUAAAGCAAAUGCUAAUGAUCUAGCUAAGGAUUGUGCAAACAUGUUACGUCAUAAAUCAAUUCUUGAAACAUAUGGUUUAGUAUCGAAUGAAAAAUCAUCAUCGAAUACAAAGCAAUAUACAACAUACGAUAAACUCUAUCCACCUUUGCGACAACGAAGCGAACACGAGCGUCCACGUUCAGUUCAAUUGAAACCGCAAGAAUAUCUUCUAUUCAUUGUUGCUGUUUUAGCAAUAGCUGCUCUAAUCGUUUACAAUAUCUAUACGAACUACUUUGAGUAA